AUGGACAAGAUCAGAUCUUCAAUUGUUGUUAGUGCCAUCACAAUAAUUUUGUUGUUAGUCGUUGCAGAACAAGCAAGCGCGUACACAAUCAAUGCCAAUGAUGAGCUCUUAUGUUAUGGACCAUGCAAGGACGAUUGCCAGCAAAUUUGCAACGGGCAAGGUAUGACUCACUGGUUUUGCGAAAACUUCAGGGGCACAAGGAAUUGCUGUUGCGUACCCGACACCGCCAAGAAUCAGAUCUUUAAGCAAACAGCUCGAUUGAAGAACUAG